UUUCGGUCGACGGACACUCCUACGAUUGUAUAUCUUUUUUAUCUUGUUUCUUCGAUCUUUUUCCUUGCCUUUGGUCUAGCUGGAUAUUAUCUGCGUGAAAUACUCUACAACAAUCGCAGUCUACACUGUUCCAGCGUUCUGAAAACAAGAUGGUCCACCCCUCGGCAAAACGCCGCAAGCUAGCGACCAAAGUCGAAGAAAUCAAUUUCGAUACAGACGCCCGCCAGGAAUACCUCACAGGUUUCCGCAAGCGAAAACUCCAAAGACAGCGCCAUGCGCAGGAGAUCGCCGAGCGCAAAGCCAAAGAAAUCAAGCGAGACGAGCGGAGAAAGAUUCGUGAGCAACGAGCGGAAGACUACCAGCGUGCGUUUGAAGAACAUCGACGACAACUGAAGCGGUUGAAGGAGGAGGAGGAUGGCGACGGGUCCGGUUCUGCGAGCGACGACGACGAUGAGGAGGGUGAGGAGUGGGGAGGGAUUGAGGAGCCGCCUCCGGUGGAUUAUGAGGCGGAGUAUAUCGAUGAAGAUAAAUAUACUACGGUAACGGUGGAGGAGAUGGAUCCGUCGCGGGAAGGUCUACUGAAUUACCAUGGGGAAGAUCGUUCAGACGAGGAGAAAGAGGGCGGUGAUGCGCGGGCGACGAAAACCGAGGAGGCGCCCGAACCGACUAAGAAGAAGAAGGCGCAGGACAAACCCAAGAAGAAGAAGAAGAAGUUUAGGUAUGAGAGUAAGGAGGAUCGCAGGCUGACUCGGACGAAGCAGCGGUUAUCGAACCAGAAGAAGGCCAAGGCGCGGCGCGAGCAAUGACGGAGCGGGGCACGAGACACUUGAUCAUACCCAGGAACAGAUUACCUACGCUAGAAGUCUCACGAGGAUACAUUUCGUAGAAAUC